UUUGUUAAGUCAUCAAACAAAAGCAAAUUUGCUCACCUAUUCUUUCUUUCUUUUUUUUUUUCAUUUGCUUCCCUUUUAUUCUCUAACUACUGUAUUUUUGCACUUCCUUGGAUUUUUUUUUUGAGGAAAUUAUAUUUUGCACUUGUAUAAUCAGAUCAAGAAUCAAAGGAGAUAGGUAAGCAAACCAUGGCUGCUGAUACAACAGAACCUAGUUAUUGGUUAAACUGGAGGUUUCUUGUUAGUGCGUUAUAUGUCUUUGGCACCAUUGUGUUUGCUUCCUAUCUUAUAUGGAAACAUGAAGGCAGGAAAAAGGUGGAUGAUGAGAGGAGGGAAGGUGGAGUUAUACCAGGCGGUGUCUUAUACAAGGAUGAAGUUUGGAAAACAUGUCUGAAAAGCAUUCAUCCUACCUUUCUGCUUGCUUUUAGGAUAUUUGCUUUCUUUCUGCUACUGGCAUUGAUCACUGGCAACGUUGUAAUUGCUGGACCUGGCAUCUUUUUCUUCUAUACUCAGUGGACUUUUCUGCUAACUACUGUAUACUUUGGGCUUGCAUCCACUUUCUCUGUUUAUGGAUGCUGGUCUGAUCGUGGUGGAGCUUGUCACUUUAAGAUGGCUUCCCAGAACACUGAUGCAGAACAAGGAUCUUAUGUUGCUCCAAAGUUAGGAGGUAGUCCAAAUACGUCUUUGUUAAAAAGCUUGAAAAAUCAAGAAGUUCAUGUUCGCCCAAUUGCAGGUUCUAUGGUCUAUCUCCUUCAAAUCUUGUACCAGGUAACUGCAGGUGCUGUGCUUCUUACCGAUGUCGUAUUUUGGCUUGUACUUUACCCAUUUGAAUUUUCCAAAGAGCAUAAACUUUCAUUUUUUGAUGUUAGCAUGCAUUCAGUCAACAUUCUCAUUCUUGGUGAUGCAAUAUUGAAUUGCUUGAGAUUUCCUUUCUUCCGGAUUUCAUAUUUUAUCUUGUGGACUGGAGCAUUUGUUAUCUGUCAAUGGAUAAUUCAUGCUUGCGUUUCCCUAAGGUGGCCGUACCCAUUCAUGGACUUGUCACCUCCAUAUGCUCCGAUAUGGUACGCGGCAGUGGGUUUGCUGCACAUCCCAUGCUUUGGUGUCUUUGCUCUGAUAGUCAAAUUGAAGCACGUAUGGCUUUCAAGAUCGUUUUCAGAGUCUUAUCAGGGUACAAGGUGAAAAGAAAUCGAUAUUUUUUCUGUGCAAGAAAAUUCAUCGUGUAGAGAGUAGUUUUAUUGACUACACAUAUUUCUGAAGUUAGCCUGUGAGUUUGACAUACAUGAGCUCAGAAUAUGAUUUCGUCAUCCUUCACUGGCUUUAAUUGAUGAUAGUAUUAUUCAUUUAUUUUUCCGCUUCAUUUGAAGCUGAGUAAUCUGAAUCUGACCACAUGUAUUAGUCCAUAACUUCAAUGAAGUAUCAUGACAUUCGUGAUU